GAAAAUCAGCCUGCGUUCAGGUACAGCAGCGCAUCAUACACACAGAGAGAGAGAGAGCGAGAGAGAGAGGAGGGAUAUUUAUAGCCUAAAGCUAGGCUGCAGCACAGAGAUAAGGCUUAGGACCAAGCCGCAGGCAGACGGCUUUGAGAAAAGGAGACACGCCAAAAUGAAACAGUUCCUUUCGGUAGCUUUAUUCGGGGCCGCAGUGGUCGCCCUGGUCGGCGCAGCCGGUAACGACGGUGAGAUCUCCUUCGAGUACCACCGGUAUGAGGAACUGCGGAAGGCGCUGGUCUCGGUGCCGACCAUCACCCGCAUCUACACCAUCGGGGAGAGCUUCGAGGGCCGCGAGCUGCUGGUGCUGGAGAUGUCCAACAACCCCGGGACGCACGAGCCUGGUGAGCCUGAGUUUAAGUACAUUGCCAACAUGCACGGCAAUGAGGCAGUGGGUAGAGAGUUGCUCAUCUACCUGGCUCAGUACCUGUGCAACCAGUACGAGCAAGGGAAUGAGACCAUCAUCGACCUCAUCCACAACACACGCAUUCACCUCAUGCCCUCCAUGAACCCUGACGGCUUUGAGAAGGCUGCUUCACAGCCUGGAGAGAUCAAGGACUGGUUUGUGGGUCGCAGUAACGCUCAGGGCGUGGACCUGAACCGUAACUUCCCUGAUCUGGAUCGCAUCAUCUACAUCAACGAGAGGGAGGGUGGAGUCAACAACCACCUGCUGCAGAACAUGAAAAAGGCUGUAGAUGAAAACACCAAGCUGGCUCCAGAGACCAAGGCAGUGAUCCACUGGAUUAUGGAUAUCCCCUUUGUCCUCUCAGCUAACCUGCAUGGAGGAGAUGUGGUGGCUAACUACCCAUAUGAUGAGACUCGCACUGGAUCAACACAUGAGUACAGUGCCAGUCCAGAUGAUGUGAUGUUCAAGUCACUGGCCAGGGCCUACUCCAUGUACAACCCAGUCAUGUCUGACCCUCACCGACCCCCCUGCCGUAAAAACGAUGAUGACUCCAGCUUCAAAGAUGGCAUCACUAAUGGAGGGGCCUGGUACAGCGUGCCAGGAGGAAUGCAGGAUUUCAACUACCUCAGCAGCAACUGCUUUGAGAUCACUUUGGAGCUCAGCUGUGACAAGUUCCCCAACGAGGACACACUCAAGACCUACUGGGAGCAAAACCGCAACUCACUGGUCAACUACAUUGAGCAGGUUCACCGUGGCGUCAAAGGCUUUGUGCGUGACCUCCAGGGCAACCCCAUUUCGAAUGCCAGCAUAUCUGUAGAGGGUAUUGAUCAUGAUAUCACCACAGCCAAAGAUGGAGACUAUUGGCGCCUUUUGGCUCCAGGAAACUACAAAGUGGCAGCGUCUGCUCCAGGAUACCUGACUGUCAUCAAGAAGGUAGCUGUUCCCUACAGCCCUGCAACCAGGGUGGACUUUGAGUUGGAGUCUCUGAUGGAGAGGAAGGAGGAGGAGCGGGAGGAGCUGAUGGACUGGUGGAAGAUGAUGUCAGAGACACUGAACUUCUGAAGCAUUUGUCUGGCUGAUGAUGGGACCGUCCAUACAUUGAUGUAAUAUAUUCAACAGCCUGUGUGCCCUGCCCAUCCACUCUAAAAAGAAUAUUUUGUCUCUUCUUGAUUUGUUCUCUUUCAGUCAUUCUUUUAAUCGAUUAUAUUGUGUAUUAAUGUAACAGUUUGCCUCAUAUUCCUGUAGAUUAUUUGACAUCCUGCACACACACUGACGGACACAGUUUGAUGGCAGUGAGAUCGGUGUUGAUUUCUGUGGUAUUGUGUUUUCUUAUUGUACAUGUCAUUGAUAAUGAUGGCACCCAUCUAUAUAACCAAUGAGUGACUGAGUAACUAUACAUGUAAGAGAGCUGUUUUACAUCAUUACUACAUGACUGGCACCAUAGGAAUUUGCAAUUCUUCCUGUUUUAAAUGUCUCUGUUUCUCCAGGCUUUAGUACAAAUACACAAAUACAAAUACAUACGUCUAGUGCACACAAAAACACAACAUGUUCACUUCUCAGCAAGUGUAAACAAACUGUUUCUUUCCUGUAAUAUAAACAAUACAACGCUAUGGUUUCGAGAUAAUCAGGGACAUUAAAAACACUGUAAAGAUGCUAUGGUAAACAAUCGAAACAGGCAAGCUUAUUUCCCUGUAAUUGAUGUUGAAGUUUUUUAACUGAUUGCAGCACAGUUUUAAUUUUAGCACAAGAUUAAUGGUUAUAAUGUAUACUGUAUUUAUGAAAUAGGCAUAGCAAAAAAUGUGUUUUUUUUUUGUAACAAAGGAAAUCUAAGAAAACGAGGCCAUAGUACUUGGAAAUCUGCCAACCUCAGUCAGCACAAAGCCAUUCCUUUGUACAUGCACUACACAGGGAAUACUGUAGUUCCUAAGUAACUGUGGUACAUGUAGAAGGAUAAAUUAACACUAAUCUUCUGAGUGACCACAGACAAGUCAGCUGACUGUAUGGAUGCAGUUCACUCAGUCCGAGACUACAUAAAGUAUUUAUUGAAUGUAUAGCUAUGGAAAAAGAAAAUGUAAAGAAUGGACAGAUCAAUAAAACUUCUUUACGCUGUCA